AUGGCUUUGGUGCUCCCGUUAUUUUCAAGCCAUCAUCUCCACCACCAUAAUCAUCAUCAUCAUCAUCAUCACCUCCCCAUUCGCAAUCCCAUCAGCAAUCAUUCAGUUCAAUCGAUUUCCACCCCAGUUGAGAACAGAAGUGGUCGUCGUAAUUCUCCUCUUGAAGAAAUAACUGAACUUUGCGAAUCAAAAACUCUCAUCAAAGCCUUGAAUUUGAUUCAAGAAAAUCCGGAUAAUAGCUUUCUUGAUCCAACCCAAAAAGCUUUAGCCUUGGGAAUACUCUUACAGGCCUGUGGAGUUGACAAAAACAUUGAAAUAGGAAGAAAAGUCCAUGAAUUAAUUCGGGAGUCGAUCCAUUUGAGAAAUAAUCCUGUACUAAAUACUAGGGUCAUUACAAUGUAUGCAAUGUGUGGUUCUCCCUCAGAUUCCCGCUCUGUUUUUGAUCAAAUACGGGGGAAAAAUCUGUACCAAUGGAAUGCGCUUUUGAGUGGGUAUUCAAGAAAUGAGUCUUACUAUGAUGCGUUGUAUCUUUUUGAUGAAAUGAUCUCAAUAACAGAAUAUAUGCCGGAUAAUUUUACGUUUCCUUGUGUUAUAAAGGCUUGUGGAGGGAUUUUGGAUGUGGGUUUGGGAAUGGCUGUUCAUGGGAUGGUAGUGAAGAUGGGUUUGGCUUCUGAUGUGUUUGUGGGGAAUGCAUUGAUUGCUAUGUAUGGGAGAUUUGGGAUUCUUGAGCAUGCCGACAAGAUGUUUGAGUUUAUGCCUGAGAAGAACUUGGUUUCUUGGAAUUCUAUGCUUUCCGUUCUGUCCGAAAAUGGGUGUUUUCAAGAAAGUUUUAAUUUUUUUAGAGAAUUGUUAAUGGGUUUGGAUGGAUUGGUUCCUGAUUCAGCUACAAUGGUGACUAUUUUGCCUGCUUGCGCAGGGGAAGGGGAUUCCGUGAUGGGAAAGGCUGUUCAUGGUUUAGUGGUGAAAUUUGGGAUGAGUGGGGAUGUAAUGGCGAGCAAUGCACUAAUUGACAUGUAUUCAAAAUGUGGGCUUUUGGAGGAUGCCCGAGUUACUUUUGACUUGAAUGAUAGCAAGAAUGUAGUAUCUUGGAAUUCAAUGAUUGGGGGGUAUUCUAGAAAAGGACUUAUUGAUGGAACAUUUGACCUUGUGAGGAAGAUGCAAAUGGAAAGGGAUAAGUUCAAGGCUAAUGAACUAACAGUGUUGAACGUAUUGCCUUGUUGUCAGGAGGCUUCAGAGCUAUUGUAUUUGAAGGAACUUCAAGGGUAUUCUAUUAGACAUGGGUUUGUAAAAGAUGAAUUGUUAGCGAACGCUUUUAUUACAGCAUAUGCUAGAUGUGCUUUAUUAAGUACGGCCGAGUGUCUGUUUGAUAAAUUGGAGAGGAAAGCAGUGAGCUCCUGGAAUGCACUUAUAGGUGGAUGUGUACAGAAUGGGAAUCCAUCCAAAGCAUUAGAAAAGUAUCUUGAAAUGGCACAUUCAGGAAUUGACCCUGACUUGGUUAGCAUUAGUAGCCUUCUUUUAGCUUGUAAUCAUUUGAAAUCACUAUGGUAUGGUAAAGAAAUUCACGGUUUUGUUCUUAGAAAGGGGUUAGAAAUUGAUUCGUUUAUCAGUACUUCACUGCUUUCACUUUACUUUAGUUGUGAUAUUCCAGCACAUGCACAAGUUCUAUUUGACAGCAUGGAGACAAGAGGGUUAGUGUCUUGGAAUGCAAUGAUUGCAGGGUACUUGCACUAUAGACUGCCUUGUGCAGCUUUGGAUAUCUUUCGUGAAAUGGUAUCUGAUGGUAUCCAACCUAAAGAAAUUACUAUAGUAGGUGCCCUAGGUGCUAUUUCACGGUUGUCAGCUUUGCAUCUUGGGAAAGAAGCUCAUUGCUUCGCUCUGAAGGUUGACUUAAUGAAGGAUAGUUUGAUUAAUUGUUCAUUAAUCGACAUGUAUGCCAAAAGUGGGUCAAUAGAAUUAUCCCAAACAGUUUUUGAUCAGGUACAGGAUAAAGACACUGCAUUAUGUACAGCUAUGAUUUCUGGCUAUGCAAUUCAUGGAUAUGGAAAGAAGGCUCAUAUGCUAUUCCAGAAACUGAAAAAGCUUGGCUUGAAGCCCAACCUCUGUACAUUUUCUAAUAUCCUAAUUGCAUGUAACCAUGCUGGAAUGAUUGAACAGGGACUUAGUUAUUUAACCGAAAUGCAUGCUUUUCACAACAUAGAGCCUAAGUUGCAGCAUUAUGCAUGUGUAAUUGACAUGCUCGGUCGUGCAGGACGAUUUGUUGAUGCUUUAGAGCUAAUUGCUAGUAUGCCUAUUAAACCUGAUGCCAGAAUUUGGAGCUCAUUGCUUAGUUCCUGUAGAAAUCACCGUGAGUUGGAUUUGGGAAAUGAAUUUGCUGAGAAAUUGUUAGAAUUGGAGCCAAGCAGAGCUGAAAGUUAUAUUCUAGUCUCUAACUUCUUUGCUGGUUUUGGGAAGUGGGAUGAUGUGAGAAGGGUCAGGGGUAUAAUGAAAGAGAUGGGACUGCAGAAGGAUGUUGGUUGUAGUUGGACCGAAGUUGGAGGGAAAACUUAUAGCUUCAUUGUUAGUGACGAAAUGCUUCCUGACUCAGAAGAGAUUAGGCUUAUGUGGAAGACAUUAGAGUAGAAAAUAACUGAUACGGGAUAUUUCCCUAA